CCCCUGUCAAAACAUGGAAAAAGGUAAUACGAGGUAGAUAUGAAAUACACACAAUAUAAAAUGGAGCAUCAGAGAACGAUACCAGUGUCAGUUUUCUCAGGAGUGGACAAAGACAUCUUUACCCAAAAGAUUUAUCCCCUGCGACGUCCCGCUGUAUUAAAGGGUGUACCUCUAGGACCAUGCUUGGAGAAAUGGACCGUGGAUUACCUUUCCAGGAUGGGAGGCGAUAAAGAUGUCAAGAUCCAUGUCGCCUCAGUGCCACAAAUGGACUUCCUGCACAAAAAAUUCCUCUACAGGACACUCCAGUUUGGGAAGUUUGUUCAAAGAGCAUCUGAGACAAAGCAUUCUGAUUUCUUCAUUAGUGAGAAGGAGAGUUAUUACUUGCGUUCACUUGGAGAAGAUGUUCGCAAGGAGCCUGCUGACAUCAGCAAACAGUUUCCUGACCUAGCAGAGGAUUUCCACAUACCUCCUUUUUUUGAGCCUGAACAGUUCUUCUCGAGUGUGUUCCGCAUCAGCUCUUGUGGACUACAGCUCUGGACACACUAUGAUGUGAUGGACAACCUGUUAGCCCAGGUGACUGGCAGGAAGCGAGUUGUCCUCUACAGUCCUCAGGAGGCAGAAUACCUGUACCUGUCUGGGGACAAGUCAGAGGUGCUGGACAUCGACUCUCCAGACCUUGAGAAAUAUCCUGAGUUUGUGAAGGCCCAGCGCUAUGAGUGCGUUCUGGAGCCCGGAGACCUGCUCUUCAUACCCGCACUGUGGUUUCACAAUACCCUGGCUCUUCACUUUGGCGUAGGCGUCAAUGUGUUUUGGCGGCAUCUGCCAGAGAACUUUUAUGACAAGAAGGAUCCGUACGGAAACAAAGACCCGGUGGCAGCCGCAAGGGCCCUCCAGGCUCUGGAGAGGGCGCUGGGUGUUUUGGACGAGCUCCCGGCAGACUACAGGGACUUCUACGCCCGCAGGAUGGUGCUGCGCAUCCAGAGCCGGUCCUACUCCACUCACCAGGCAGCAGGGACUGGGCAGGACUGCACAGGAGACACACAGAGCGCUCCAACAUCCACUGAGACAAAACUGAAUCCUGCUCAGAUUCAGACAUAGCUGGAUCUCAGUGCGUUGCUUGAUGUCUUGUGCUAUGUUACUGACUGAGCUGAAACCAGAUCUCUGGCUGUCUGACAUUACCUGUGGCUCGAAUCUAUACUGGAAUGAUGUGUUUGGACAUGAGGGAACUAUAGAUGGCAAAUCAUUCUGAAGAUCUGAAGGAGAUGCCGCUUACAGACUAUUAUGAUUGUGGUGGUGUUAUACCACAGAUGUAUAAAUUCAAUUAUGUGAAAAGA